AUGCCGAACUACACGCUCACACACAAUCCGAGCAUAGCUCCCGAUCAAGCGCAUUCGUCUGCCUCUGCGCCCACCUCAUCAUUGGAAGCAUGCACACCAGCAGAGACUCAGCUCUCGCUGUUGUCAGUAUCGCUGCAAAUACUGGACCAGCCUCUGACUCUGCUGAGAUCGGGACAGGUGGGAGACAAGGAGAUGACUAGGCCUUCUUCUCUCAUUCCCGGCAGUUCACUAGGACGCCAUUUGAGACAGUAAGUAGCUGUGCCUGUGACUUUUGCAAGAGCAUCAUCGCACAUUCCUACCUGUAGCCCCCCUGCUUUCGUGCUGACAGCCUUGCGCUCGUGUCGCGCAGCAUGCACGACCACUUUCGACUACUUCUAGACGCAUUGCCCUCAUCGAGCACUCGAUCGAGCACGCAGCCUUUGCUUUUGAAUUAUGACGUGCGAUUGAGAUCGCCGCUGGAAGAGUCCGCCUCAAAAGCCAUAGCGGAGCUCGAAUCAGCUCAACAGAGGCUGAGAGAGGCUUUUGCAAUGGAAGAACAGCGAGGAGAGGAGAGAAGCGCAGCAGCUGCUGCUGAGCCUCUUGUGCAAAAGAAGAUCAUCUUGAAAGCUACUACACCCAUGAGCGUCGAGUUUGAGAGCACCGUUGGGAGAGAAGUGAGUUGGUGAUGGCGAUCGCUGAGCUUGUAUGCAGUGCAUACGGCGUGGCUCGCGUCCCUCUCGUAUCGAUCGUCCUAAGAUCACGAAUUUCGUCUCUGACCCUGUCGAGCCUCCCCGUUUCAGCUGUGGUUUGUCUGUCUUCACGCGAUCCACCAUUUGGCUCUGAUGAGGCCAAUCCUGUCGCAGGAGCUUGGCUUGAAGCUAGAUGCAGAAUUUGGCGUAGCUCCUUCUACGCUCGUCAAUAGGGCCUGGAAUACGGGCAGAGCUAUCGCGUCCAAACUUUGA